AUUUAUGAGUCACAAUGUUUCCGAAAAAUGUUCUUACUCAGAAAAUUGCAUUUUUAUCCCCAAUCAUUUUAAUUACAAAACUUAUCACCGUUAUUUCCUCUCGAAUCAGUUUAGUCAUUACCCCGUCACCUCGAUUUUAACAGUACUUCGCGCAGCUCCUUACAAUAAACCCAUUAUUACGGUAGAGGUUUUGUUAAUUUUUUCCGCAGCGCAAAUGGAAUUUAAGAAGAAUAUUCUUCUCAUUUUCACCCUGCGUUUACUCUUCGCCAACGCGCUCACCGUGCAAGAAAGUUGGGUAAAAUUCAAGAACGACUUCAACAAGACCUACAGGAACAUCGUGAACGAGAUCCUCGACAUGGAGGUGUUCCAGGAAAACUUCAAAAUCAUCUACCAGCACAACGCCAGAUACAACGCCGGCCUGGAGACCUACUUCAUGUCCAUCAACCAAUUCGCCGACGUCUCCCCCGGCGAAUUUUCCAAGCAGCUCGUCUACAAGCACAACAACCAGAAGUACCUCCAGAACAAAGUGGAGACCUCCUUCGAGGAGGUCAACGCCACCGUGCCGGCGUUCGUCGACUGGAGGCUCUCCGGCAUCGUGGGAAACGUGCAGGACCAGGAGAACUGCAAGAGCUCGUGGGCCUUCAGCGCCGUCGGCGCCAUCGAGUGCCAGUACGCCAUCAAGAUCAAGCAGAACCUGGACCUCAGCAAGCAGCAGCUGAUAGACUGCAUCAGGCAGAACUGCGACUCGGGCGGGUACCUCGAGCAGGCCUUCGAAUUCGCCAAGCAGCGCGGCCUGAAGUUGGAGCCGGCUUACAAAUACAACGCCCAAAGGGACGUUUGUAAGAUACCCACCGGUCCGUACAAGAUCAAGAACUACACUUACGUGGUACCGGCUAACGAAGUCGCUUUGAAAAACGCCGUCAGUAUCAUCGGACCGAUAUCGGUCACCAUUUCAGCUGAAGCUUUGCAGUUCUAUGGAGGUGGGAUUUUCCAAACGGGUAAUUGCCAUUGCCCUGAUUGUAGUACCAACCACGCGGUACUGGUGGUCGGGUACGGUCACGAUCCGCAGGAGUACUGGGUUAUCAAGAACUCCUGGGGCACCACUUGGGGCGAAAAGGGCUACAUGCGCUUGGCCAGGAACGUGGGGGAAUGCGGAAUACCCGGUCAAGCCCUCUACCCUAUUCUAUAACUUACUAUUAUCGGUAGUACCAGCACGUUUUUUGCAUAAUAAUGAAAGAUUUAAUUAAACAAAACAUUUAUAUUUCAAGUAAAUUUAUAACACGUAUUUAUACACCGUUUGUAACGUUUAAUCAUCCUUCGAAUUGCUGUAUUUCUUCAAAUCCGGCGCGCUGGAAUUCGGGUUGACCUUCACCAGCUGCUGGAAACCGCCCUUGAUGGUGUCCCAUUGGGACACGCAGCGCACGUCCACGUCGAAUUGCCUCAGCACCCGCUUAAAGGUGGGAUAGAGCAGCUCCAGGAGGCCGUGGUCCAGCGUGGGGAAGAGGUGGUGGAGGGCGUGAUCGCCGAAAUUGGUGAGCACCAGGAAGUGGGAGCCGGUGAUCUCUUUGCGGUCCAUCACCGCGUCCAGUUGGCUCAGGCCCCAAUCGUAGUUAGUCGAGGAUCUGGAAGGUUUUGUAUGCAAACGCGGGGUACUUGGUGGAAUGGGUAGUGUUUUUUUACCUGGGUACGUCUCCGUCGUGGAAGAUGUCUGGGUGGUGGUGAGCUGCGUGUAAACCGACGAAACCCAAAUAGGUGGAUCCCACGAGAAUGAUAAAAUUCCACAUUAAAAACACGUCGAUUAUCGAGGUGUUUUCGCCACGGAAUAAACACAUUACUGUAGGUAGCAAUAACGGUAUCAAAUCCGAUAAACCAAAAUUGGUAAAGUUGCACUUUUUUGCAAAUAAAAUUCUAAAAAAGAUUAUAAAAUCACCAAAUGUAGCUGGAAUAUUUGAGUAGUUGGGCUUAAACUACAUUGGGUAAAGUACAACAUUUUUGAAAAUUUCCUACCUCUUGAUCAAAGCUCCAUGAAACAUCGUCACCCAAAUAACGGGAGCCAAAAGAAGGGACGAAAUGAUAUCCCUGACGGAUUUCUUAACUGGCAAAUAAAACAAUAAGGGCUCGUACAUGGAUAUCUCCAAAUCAUCGAUGGCGUUGGUGUGCAAAUGGUGGCUCAGCGCGUGGCUGAUCCUCCACUCCCUAAUCUGCAACAGCGAAAACUGGAAAUAGUACAUCCUGAAAUUAUCCUUCUGGUGGACGUAAUUGUGCCCGGCGAUCGUCAUCAUGCCCAGCAUCAACCCCGACACGAUCCCCAGGGGGUAGCUCCAGUAACGCGCCGCCAGUACGGCGAACAGGAAGGUGAAGAACAGCAGGGAGUCGGUGAAGAAUUCGGUGGUGUUGACGGCUUGUUUCGGUAUCGUCUUCAGCGAUUCCCUGAUUUCGCGCUUGAGGGUCCUGUAGAACCCGUCAUCUUCGAACGUGUAGGGCGCGUUGCGCUUGGUUUUGGCCUUUCGCACGAAGAACGUCUUCAGGAGGGUCUCCGGGUGGCUGGACACGUGGUGGGAUUCGAAGGCUUCGGUGAUGUCCAAGCC